GGUGAAAACAAAUACGCUAAUCACAUGCUGUGCUGGUAUUGAACGUCGUAUAACACAACUUUUAUCUAGUCUUAAAAGAGAGAACAAGCGUUCAUUUCUUGUGUUUCUUUUGAUAAUCGGUGUUGUUAGCUAAGUGAUACAAAAUAUUUUCCGAAAUUUACGCAUUUAGGUGCAAUGUUUUUAUACGUUAAAGAAAUAUUUGAAUCAGUGUGUGAGUGAUUUAAAUAUUUGUAAAUCGAAUAGCGUGUAAGUAAAACGUUUUAACUUCCACUUCACGUGAUACAUAUAACUGGACGUAUAUAGUGUUACAGUGACUGAUAUACUUUCGUGUUCAGACAGACAAAAAUCUCUCACAUUGGAUCACUGAGACUUACGAUAUUCAUGCAUUUGACUACAAAUGAUUUUUCCGGGAUCUAAUUCGCCUGACUCAAGCCCCAUGGCUUACAACCCGUUUCUGCUUCACAGGCCAGGGGACUAUAGUGGCAUGAACUCCCUUCUGGCAGCUCAGGCAAACUACCUUCCUGGCCUCGCCGCAAGUUUCCAGCAUCCGGGACUCGCAAGUUCGCUCCUCCCCAAGUUGCAACAGAGCAUGGGGCGCGGAUUCACGCCGGCGGAUCUGCUCGGGUAUCAGCAUCUGCGGCCGCUGCGCUCCCUAGAACCUCCUGAAGCUGAAGUUCAGGACGACCCAAAGGUGGAGCUGGAAGGAAAGGAAUUGUGGGAACAGUUCAAUAAUCUGGGUACUGAAAUGGUCAUCACUAAGUCUGGAAGACGGAUGUUCCCGCCCUACAAAGUGCGAGUCACCGGUCUAGACAAACGCGCAAAGUACAUUCUUCUCAUGGACACCGUAUCCGUGGACGAUUGUCGCUAUAAGUUCCAUAACUCCCGCUGGAUGGUCGCCGGAAAGGCCGACCCGGAAAUGCCAAAGCGGAUGUACAUCCAUCCCGACUCGCCGAGCACCGGAGAGCAAUGGAUGCAGAAGGUGGUCUCCUUCCACAAACUCAAGCUGACCAACAACAUCUCCGACAAACACGGCUUCGUAAGUACGAUUCUCAAUUCGAUGCACAAGUACCAGCCCCGCUUCCACCUGGUCCGGGCAAAUGACAUCCUCAAGCUGCCAUACAGUGCCUUCCGCACGUACGUGUUUAAGGAGACGCAGUUCAUCGCAGUCACAGCCUACCAAAACGAGAAGAUCACUCAAUUGAAGAUUGAUCAUAACCCGUUUGCGAAGGGCUUCAGAGAUACCGGAAGCGGAAGGAGGGAGAAAAAACGACUUCUCAUGCAUGGGCAGCACACAACCGGAAGUGGGUCUCACUGUGAGCAGACGAGCACUAGUCACGACAGCGAGGCUCACAGUGACGAUGAGGAUAAUGAGAUCUGCGUCGUUGAAACAGACGACAAACCGUGUCAUCCGGACGAUUCAUACGCACACAUCACUUCCGGACCUUCACCGACCGAUUUGACGAGCGCGCGAAUCGAUCAUCGGUUAGACACCACUAAAUCAAGCACCAGCCACGAGGAAUCUGACUCAGAAUCCGAGCAGCGGCACGACAGCUCCAUGGAAAGGCGACAGGAACCACCGUUUGUGUCCCCAGUCAAAUCAACUUUUCCAAGGAAAAUCUGUGAAAGUGACUUUGUGAGUAGCUUUGACCGAAAUAAGUCUCCUGAAAUUCACAGUCACACCAGCGAUCCCAUAGUCCAACCGACAACUUCUAGUCCAAUAGAAAACCGUGCAGCCAGUGUGCGGCACGUGGUACACGAUUCGGAGUCACGUGGAAGAAGCCCCUACAACUCGGAUAACGAGGGAAGUUAUCACAGUAAAGACAUGUCCGAUAAAAACGACACGGACAAUGAGAAAUCGUCAUCUUCAGAUCGACACGAGUCAAGCAGACUACACAUGAAAGAGCAUACAAGUCCUCCAAACGUAACGGUGGUGCAGCCGUCCGUGACGCACCCAAUGUUUUCCUACUUCUACCCACACGGGUACCCGAGUACAACGUCUUCAUUGCCCUACCACAUGUUGCUAAAUCAGGGGAGCUCUACGCUGGCUGCCCACGGCCUCUACCUCCCUUCGUCGCAUGGGGAGCUCAGUCACCUUUCCCCCACCCACGGUCUGUCAGCCUUCGGACAGCUCCACAUGUCCGGGCAUCCGCUCUACCCGAACCUUUCACCGACGUUUUCAACCAAUUCCUCAUCCGGGUCGCUCGGGCCGCUGUUUGCUUCACGAUCUGGAAGUCGGUACUCACCUUACACGUUCCCCAUGACGAAAACAACAAUGGCUACGCAUUCGUCACCGAUGAUGUCUUCAAAUUACAGCAUCGGGUCCCGAUCUCCUCCUUCACCACCAAAUGGUAUCAACUUGAGCCGACAUUCUCCAGUUCGCAGUAGAAGUCCACCAAGUACUACAUCGAGUAACCCAAACAGCGAACUAAAAAGUAUAGAGCGCAUGCUCAGUGGGCUGGACCGGAAACGGGACGUUGGUCCGGAUUCAACCGGUGCAAUAUUUGAAAAGUGACUUCUGAUGUGUUCUAGAUGAAUGAUAACUUACCUUUAUACCGUAUGUGACGUCCAAAGUCAGCAAAAUGGUUGAAUGUGAUCCAUAGCGGAGCCAAGAACUCAGUGCGUAGUUUGCUGCAAAGGGAGAGCACUCUAAAUGUCUCAAUACCAAAGGAAAAUUUCUGUGAGCAUUAUUGUAUUUACAUUGAUGACAUGACAUUGUCGCAUUCUUUCAGACGUUUGUGUUGUUAUUUAUUUGACGGUGUUUAAUUUCAAAUAACUAGUUACACUUUUUGCAUAUGAUAUAUUUAAGAGUUAUAUAUUAUACAGAGGGCUAUGUGCAAGAGGUUUGUGUGAUUUCUAUAUUUAGACAUACGUCAUAUAUACAUAUUCGUUACUGAAUAUAGAGCUGGGGUCAUACAAAUCAACAGUCAGGGAAGUGCGGAUAACCACCCGUAUAAAUGUUUGACGUCAUGUGUGUAAAAAAUUACUGUGAUCAACACAGGGUGCGUUAGGCCGGGUGCUGUAGUUAGAAACAGGGUUGUUGCUGAGGUAACUUUCUUCACCUCGCAAUCAUGGUCCGUAGUCGCCAAUAUGAUGUGUACUUAUAUUGUAUUACAACGUGUAUGCGUUUGAUGUGCGAUCGAUUGAUAUAAUACUGUCUUAUUUCAGAUGAUUAAAAGAGAAAUUUUAGUGUUUGAUUCAGCUAUCAAAUGAUGCUUUGUUCGUAAAGAACGACACAGAAAACCCAAAUGGCAGAUUUAACUGUUAAUGGCUGUUCAUUGUUUAUUCUUAAUAAUAUUAUUAUUAUUGAUGUAUUCUUGUUUUAUUUGUCAAGCUGUGCUAUUUAAGUUGAUGAAUACAUGAUGUAAAUAUCUGCUCUUGGAUACUAAUUGGAAUUAAAUGUUUACCAAAGUA